AUGUCGACAAGUUUCGGGGUGCUCGAAAUUCCUACGCUUACCAAGAUCACAUGGGAGCUCUACAGUCGGUGUCGGACUAUUGCCAAAGAUGCGCCAGAUGGCUUCCGCGGUCUAGUGACAGAGCUUGGGUCUUUGCAGGGCGCUUUGCGCGCGCUCAGUGACGACUUCAGCUCAAAUACUGCAUUUUUUGAGCGGAUGAAUGACGCCCGAAGAUCGACUCUGGGACGAUGCCUCAGCCUUUGUCUGCAGACCCUUCAGCGAUUGACGGCUCUUUUGAACAGGUAUCGUGAGCUGGGGAUUCUAGUGGAGGGUAAGAAGUUCUGGCAGGAAAUCCAAUGGAUUACGCAGCGUCCCCAGAUCGAAGAGAUCAAAUCCAAAAUCAUGGUGCAUACCUCCACUCUGAGCCUAUGCAUGAGUUCUAUUGAUAACACCGCUCUCCUUCACUUGGAGAAAAAGAUGCUUCAAGCAAUUGAGGACGAUGAGCAGGCCAUGUCGCCUCUUGGGACUGGUGCCUCCCGCGAUACAGACACAUUGGUUUCCCCUCUAAGUCUGAAAGGUAGUAGCAUCAAAGGGAGCAUCAGCGAAUUGGAAGCCCCGGGAGUCAGCAUACCGCGACCUCGACUACCCUCCCUGGGACAAAUAUCAACACAGCAAGGAACCCCUCGGCCUAUCGACACUUCUUCAGAAUCAACUAUAGCAGCAUCCGAUGCAUCAACGUGGGGAAAGAUUUCGCCGACCUCGCCGCUAUUUGCCAAUGACGGUAGUUCCUCUCGCACAUUGCUUGGAAGACUCAAUUCAACUUCAACCCUGGGCCGAACAGAGAGAUCUCAUAAUGGGUCCAUUGACGGUCGUUCCCUAGAGAGGACAUUCUGGGACGAUGUCUCUGAGGUACAAGAGAAACAGAGUCUCGGAAAAGGCAGUGACUCUUCUGUCACUGAGUUCGGACCAAAUAACGUGACAGAGGCUGUGAGUAGUGUCAUGCAGCAGCUUCAGCAGGUCCGACUUCAGGAACAAGCUGCGCGACCUCUGCGCUAUGUGCCUCAAAAUAAGAUCCACAAGCCAGACCCGGAAGUUGCCCGCGCUUUCCAAUCAUCCGUCAAUGAAGAGCUUCAAGUCAGACGCCUCAUCACGAGAGAUUGGAUUCGUGUUGCUACUUGGUGGCUCUUGAAGGCACGGGCUACGCUUGUCAACUGCAGCAGACAUGCUUCUCAGGACGGGAGCUCUCCCGCUCUUCUGACAGAUGAGAAUCGCAAAUCGAUAUCAGAUCUCUCCGAAAUUCAGCCAGAGGAAACUUCUGAAGCUAGCUCUGAGCUAGGAUGGGGCCAUGACCAUGCACGCUGGAUCACCGUCAACCAAGAGGAUGGCGGUACUGAAGAGGAAAGGGUCAUCUACCGCACAUUCGUCAAUGCAGGAAUUGGCGCCAAAACCUCUCGCCUGCGCACUCGAGGCGCACCGUAUCUGCUUCUCUUGGCCACCAAGGACGGUGAGAGCGAGCCGAAAAUCAUUAUCUGUAAUCAGAGCGGUUCUCUUUGCCUGCAACGUGACUUUGAGCAGGGAGACUUACCACCGCUGAUCAAUCUGUCAAAUGCCAUUCUGACUGGGUUCCCAGGGACUCAAGCCUCAGAUCCGAUCCCGUUCAAAUUUGACAGUAUGAGCGUGUCCAUCUCCUUCCAGUUUGAUGGGGAUCUCGGUGCUCUUAUCAAUAUUCCUAAAUCCUAUUUCGAUGCUGUCAAGCAGAGAGAACCAAUUGAUUCCCCAGAAUUCACAGAGAGCGUGGUUUUUAAAGGCUCAGUAGAAGUCUGGGAGCGGCUGAAGGCCCCUGGGAUGAAACCAAUGAAUUCUCCUCAGAUUAUCAAAUCAGGCGAGGUUCGAAUUCUCGAGAAAUCGUUUGCGGAAGCCUGGCAAAAUACUCGCAGGGUCGUUAUCAGCCCAUCUGCAGCUGAAACAAGCCCACGGUGCAUCGAAUUCUGGAUGCCGCUCAGUCGAGUCCAGAUCCACCGCGAGGACAUGUCGCGUCAGGUCCUUAUGAAGUGGUCGGAUACAACGCAGGAGCGCUCCGAUAAAACCGAUGGAAGUUACAACACCCUGUACUCCCAUAUGUAUGAUUCGAGCGCGCCAAAUAUCGGAAUGAGCUUGCAUUUCGGAAGCCAGAAAGGGGCAGAAGACUUCGAGAAGGCGGUGCUGGAUAUAAACUUCAAACCGGUCUUCUCCUGGUCGGAGCCUCUCAGUGCCGGCCGCAUCUACGAUGUGGUCGAUGCCAACACAGACCACAAGCAGUACAAGGCUGUGACAAUUCUCCAGAAGAAGACAUCGUGGCGCUACAUCGAGGUCUGCUAUCUGUACCGUAAUGCCGAUUUCGACUACUCCAAUUCGUCGCAAAGCGUCCGGUUCCCCGCUGCCUCAUACACAGACUAUAUUUCCACCCAUGUCGAGCAGCUCUUCCCUGCCGAUCAUGAAGUUGGCUUUUCCCAUUGCGACAAGAGGAAUGCGACUGUCCUGAUCGAGUUCAACGAUUCGUCGGUCCCUCAAGCAUUCCUGAGUGCUCUGGCCCCAACUCACGAUCUGAUCUAUUCCCGCCGGAUCGUCUCGUUAACCACCAAGAGCAAAAGUCCGUUUGGGAAAAAGUCCAACAAGGGGUAUGCCGAGAUCCAGCUCUGGCGUCGGACGAAAUCUCUCCAGCUUGCGGCCCGCUGGGACGACAGUGUUGCUAAUAAAUGGAUCACCAUGGCCCUUCCCCCGGGCUGCGCCGAGGCGUCCAAGGACAACACGGUGAACAUUCCAAAGCAACCCUUUGCCCGGGGGACUUGCCUGGAUAUGCUCCAUAUUACUGCGAAACAUCCGAAAGACUCCGCUGCAGGUCGGGAAGGAGCUGUGACGAUUGCGUUCCAGAGGGCAGAUGGUAAGUCAGUCCGUGGGUUUGGUUGA